UAUCAUUACGCGAGGCAAGCGUCGGUCUAUCAAGAGGUGUCUGCGUAUGUGUUUUCAUUGCAUCUUCGUUUGUGGUGAGUGAAUUGGUCGCGCGUUCGCAUUAGAGCGAUUUUGUCGCCUCAGGCAGCUGAAGUCGCCGUGUCUGCAACGUCAACACAACCUGAAAUCCUUCGAGCGCCGUAGAAUGCAGCGAACUCUCCGGGACAUGCGAAACUGCUCACUGUAAGCUCGCGCUUCACGUGCGCUGCGCAGAAGAGGUAUUCUGUGAUCUACAGUGUGGCUAUGCUCGGCAGUUCACUGUGAUCGGAGCCGCCUAAACUGCCCGUCUAAGCCGCUGCCGCAUGCCCUGUGCAAGCGUUUGAACUGUUGCAACGGUGUCUACCUUUAAGUUAUGCGUCUCCGUUGAAGAAAUAGCUGUGCAGUCUCGAAGCCCUUCAAAAUGAUAUCGAUUUUACCCUUCACACCCCCGGUUGUUAAGCGGUUGUUAGGCUGGAAGAAAGGUGAAGGAGAAGACAAAUGGAGCGAGAAAGCCGUCAAAAGUUUGGUGAAGAAGCUGAAGAAAUCUGGAGGAAUGGACGAACUUGAGAAGGCGAUUUCGACUCAAGAUGCUCACACUGCAUGCAUCACGAUUCCCAGUGGGGGGGUGGCCGUGGGCAGGUCGCUGGACGGCCGGCUGCAGGUGUCUCAUCGCAAGGGGCUGCCGCACGUCAUCUACUGCCGCCUGUGGCGCUGGCCCGACCUGCAGAGCCACCACGAGCUGCGCGCCACCGAUCACUGUCAGUAUGCCUUCCACCUCAAGAAGGACGAAGUCUGCGUCAACCCAUACCACUACCAGCGAGUAGAGACACCCGCAUUGCCGCCUAUCCUUGUGCCGAGGCAGACAGGUGACUUACCUACAGAGCUGCCCAGCUUGGAUGAUUAUGCCAACUCGGUGCCUGACAACACUGAUUUUCCGUCGAGCCUAGACGUCCAGGCUUUUCCUCUCACAGAAACACCUCCGCCGGGUUACAUGAGCGAAGACGGAGAAACCACUGAUCAAAAUGGCGCUGACAGCAUGGAUACGGUACUCCUCUCUUCACCCAGCCCUUCACCAGAAGUGCAGCCGGUGACGUACACGGAGCCGGCUUUCUGGUGCUCCAUCUCGUACUACGAGCUCAACACGCGGGUUGGGGAGACGUUCCACGCUUCACAGCCCUCCCUCACCGUUGACGGCUUCACAGACCCCUCGAGCUCGGAACGGUUCUGCCUCGGUCUCCUGUCCAACGUCAACCGCAACUCGGUCGUUGAACAGACCCGCAAACACAUUGGGCGUGGCGUGCGCUUGUACUACAUUGGUGGUGAAGUGUUUGCAGAGUGCCUGAGCGACAGCAGCAUCUUUGUGCAAAGCCCCAACUGCAACCAGCGGUACGGAUGGCACCCUGCUACGGUGUGCAAGAUACCUCCAGGCUGCAACCUGAAGAUCUUCAACAACCAGGAGUUUGCGGCCCUGCUGACAACGUCGGUGUCUCGGGGCUUCGAGGCGGUGUACCAGCUCACACGCAUGUGUACCAUCCGCAUGAGCUUUGUGAAGGGCUGGGGUGCCGAGUACCGGCGUCAGACAGUCACCUCCACCCCAUGCUGGGUCGAGCUUCACCUCAACGGCCCCCUGCAGUGGCUCGACCGUGUCCUCACCCAAAUGGGGUCGCCCCGGAUGCCCUGCAGUUCCAUGUCGUGAACUCCUCCUGUCGCCUCUUCCCGACGUAGCGGUUAGCGGUUGGCGGUCAUCAAAAUGAGUGACGAAGCGGGCUUUCGCUGCAAAAAAUGUCGGCGCACUUUGUUCAGCAGCAGCCACAUGGUUUCAGCCCACGGUGAUCCGUGGUCGGGUCAUGUGGCCUUUUCAUGCCCACUCAAC